UUUCAGUGUUAGCUGUCUAUAUUUAAGCAAAUUACUUCUAUGGCAAGCUUUAGAAUAUAUAUAAACUUCGGAUAAUAGGAAAUACAAACUGAUAGUCAGUAAGAUUUCUUUUUUACCUGGAUUGGAUUAAAAGCAAAGGUCACCAUCUUGGGUGACCUUGGGACUCUGAACCCUAAGGAUAUAACGUUGUCUGGGAUUUACUAAAAAAUGAACCCUUUGCCAGCAGCUGACAUAUCGAGGAAAAAUCCUCAGGAUGAUUUUGAUUUAAUUCAAAGAGUUGGAAGUGGGACAUAUGGGGAUGUAUACAAGGCUCGCCACAAUGCUACGAGUGAACUUGCAGCCAUCAAAGUCAUCAAACUUGAACCAGGUGAUGACUUUGCUAUCAUUCAGCAAGAAAUUAUCAUGAUGAAAGAUUGUAAACAUCCGAAUAUUGUUGCCUAUUUUGGAAGCUAUCUAAGGCGAGAUAAAUUAUGGAUUGCAAUGGAAUAUUGUGGAGGUGGUUCAAUGCAAGACAUUUAUCAUGUCACCGGUUCCCUGGAGGAAAAACAGAUUGCCUACGUCUCAAGAGAAACAUUACAGGGCUUGAGAUAUCUUCAUAGUAAAGGAAAGAUGCACAGAGAUAUAAAGGGUGCCAACAUCCUUCUGACAGAUGAUGGGAAUGUAAAACUUGCUGAUUUUGGUGUAUCGGCUCAGAUCACACAAACCAUUGCAAAGAGAAAAUCAUUUAUCGGAACACCGUAUUGGAUGGCUCCAGAAGUUGCAGCCGUGGAGAGAAAAGGAGGAUAUAACCAACAGUGUGACGUAUGGGCUGUGGGAAUUACUGCCAUUGAGUUCGCAGAAUUGCAACCGCCUAUGUUCGACCUUCAUCCCAUGCGGGCACUCUUCUUAAUGUCAAAAUCAAGUUUUCAACCUCCUAAACUGAAAGAAAGAAAUAAAUGGAGUGCUGACUUUCAUGGAUUUCUGAAACAAGCUCUUCAGAAGAAUCCAAAGCGAAGACCAACAGCGGAGAAGUUAUUGCAGCAUACUUUCGUUGCACAAAACAGUCUUGGUCCCAAGCUUGGAAUGGAAUUAUUAGACAAAGUACGAAAUCCGACAGCGCAAGAUGUGCCUGACGAUGAUGUGGAUGAUGAUCCUCUGAUGACAGCAGGACCCAAGGUCAUUCAUCGACCUUCAAGACCUGCUGGAGAAGACAGACAGAUUAAAACGAAAUCCGAGGCCAUGUUUGAGGAAGCGAUAUUUUUACCUGGAAAAACAGACAACGAUGAAGCUCCAUUAUAUAAAGACGGUGAGGCCUGGAUGCCUGAUGAAGGAUUGAGCAAAAGUUUACUCAGCUCUGUAGAGGAAGAAUUGACUUUACGGGGACACAAGACAAGCUUUGAACAAGAUGACGCAGGUACAAUGCGAGCUGCUGGUGCACCUAGCGAAGGACCUCCACUUCCUCCAAAGCCGCAACCACAAAUGGAUAAUUCGCUGCCGCGGCAAUAUGGUGGAGAUGCCCGUCCAGCGAAAGAACCUCAAAGAUUAGCGAAACCCCCUGUUCCCCCACCUACAUAUAUGCAGUCUAUGGCAGCCAAUAGCAGCAAUAAUGACUAUUAUAAUGGCACUGACGGUGAUCAGCCGCCGAUCGUACCACCGAGGCGCAAAAACUCUCCAACGUUACAGGCAAUGUCUUCAUUAGUUCUUGCGGACCCUGCUUCUGGGAGACUACCCGCCCGUCCCACUCACAGAUCGAACGCUCAUGAAUCCAGUUUAUCAGGGCCAGCCCCACAAGUUCCCCCCCAGCUUUCAACUCCGACAGUCAUCCACAGGCCUUCACAUCAUCAUGAGGUACAGGAUGACGACAAUACACCCCCUGGAACCCCCCCUAGAAGGCCCCCGCCCCCCACACAACAAACUCAUUCCAACGUAGACUCAUCAUCGUCAAGUCACACUCUUGUGGCAGCAAAGGAUACUGCGGCUCCUGUGAUCAAUGGACUGCCACCCACUCCUCAAGUGCAUAUGGGAGCUUGCUUCACGAAAGUAUUCAACGGUUGCCCUUUGAAGAUAAACUGUGCAUCUAGCUGGGUUCACCCAGACACUCACGACCAAUAUAUAUUAUUCGGAGCUGAUGAAGGAAUAUAUACUUUAAAUCUACAUGAGUUACAUGAAAACACAAUGGAACAGUUGUUUCCUAGAAGAUGCACUUGGCUGUACGUUAUCAAUGAUGUGCUAAUGUCUAUAUCAGGAAAUCGUACAUCACAGUUAUACUCUCACAACUUAGUAGGACUUCAUGAUCAUGCCCAAAGGAAUCAGCGACUUCAUUUAAACACUCAUAUGUUACCGGAGAGAAUAAUUCCAAGGAGGUUCACAGUUUCUGUCAAAGUUCCCGACACAAAGGGUUGUCAACGAUGUUCUGUUGUUCGUAAUCAAUAUAAUGGUCAUAAAUACUUGUGUGCUGCUUUGCAAGCUAGUAUUGUGUUGCUACAAUGGUAUGAACCGAUGCAAAAGUUUCUUCUUAUUAAGCAAUUUGAAUUCCCACUUCCGCAUCCGUUACGUGUAUUUGAACUUCUUGUGACCCCAGAUGCUGAAUACCCUCUCGUAUGUUUUGGUGUUAGUUUGACAAAUCCAGCCAACUCAAGUGCAGCAAACGACAUAUCUUCCAUGAUCACACCAUCGUCCUUGUUUCAUUUAAACACUGUCAAUUUAAACUCACAAUCAUCGUGGUUCUCUGAUCAACCUCCUGCCGGUUCAAUUAAUCUCGGUGUCGUAAAUGUGACACAAUUGGAGAAGGAUACAGUCCUUAUUUGUUUGGAAAAGGAUGUAAAAAUCAUUAGUAUGGCUGGUCGACUGAAAUCAAGUAAGAAGCUUGCUUCAGAAUUGAAGUUUGAUUUUGCAACAAAGAAUAUUGUUUGUCUGCAAGACAGUGUGCUAGCUUUCCAUGAGCAUGGUAUGCAAGGAAGAAGUUUUCGUAAUAAUGAUGUCACGCAGGAGAUUUGUGAUAGAAGUAGAAUAUUCAGGCUGCUGAGUUGCUACAGAGUAAUCGUGUUGGAAAGCAAGCCUACAGACAAUCCUAAAGAUUUGUCAAAUUUAUAUAUUUUGGCCGGACACGAAAGUACAGGAAGUGGGGCUAACUGAGGUGUGAAACCUAGGAUUCAGUAUUUGAGCCCAGGUUCAGGAAACACGUGGAUGCCGCUCGCCAGCUUUUGGUCAAUGCUGCGGUACCAUGUUAUAUCUCAUUCAAAAGUUGUAGUCAGGGCAUGUCGUGUCUUUUUACCAAACAGUAUAGAGAGUUUUCACAACAUCGCUACAGUAAAUUUAUUCCCUUUUUUUCCCCUAUUUCGCUACAACUAGACUCUGUAAAUUUAUUCGAAACGAGAGUUAACAUACCAAAUAAUUUUUUUUAAGGUAAAUUUCAAAAUUUAAUUUGAAUUCAAUUUGAGCUAGACUAGUUGUGACAUUUGAAACUCAAAUACAAAUUAGACUAAAAUUGUAUGUAAAAACAUCUUAUUCAGACAAUUCAAGCGAACUUUCAUGCUGUAAGACUAUUUCUGCAGUCAAAUGCACAACCAAUUUUGUGAUUAAUUUUUAAGCUUUUUUCUGUUAAUCUGCUAUUUUUGUGGUAUAUAUAUAUUUAACGUCUUUCCCGAAACGUAUUUAUGAAAGCCGGUGACGCUGAUCUUGUUCUGACUACUUUUUUGAUUUUGUCUAUGUGAUUGCGCUUAUGCGAUUUGUUGUUGUUUUUAAAUUAAUUGUACAAUUUUGAUCCCAAAUUGAUAUUUAUAUCAUCUGCACAUUUGCAAUAUCACUUCACUUAUCGCCGUUGUUAAAAAUAAUAUUCUUUUAAAUUUUGUGAAUGAAGUUUAUUUUAGCGUAAAAACAGAAUUAUUGGCUUAUCACAUAAUACAAACUAAGAGGGCAAAUUGCAACUUGAUGCCGUAAAAUUUAAUUUGGUUGACCGAAGCUUUUUCUGACAAUUAUUAGAGGAGGUUCCAUGUUUUUAUAUUGUUUAGCUUUACAGAAGGUUGAAAGACAAAUUUGGUAAUCCUGCAGUGUAUGUACCAGGUUAGGGUUAGGCCAUAAUUUCAUUCGUAUUUCCCUUAUUUUAGUUCUAUAUGAGUUCGGGGACUGUCUGUGUUAGCCAAGUGAAUUUACCCCCUGCCCAUAGGUUUCAGUCCCUUUAUACAACUUGAACGAAAUUAGUUAUCUCCAUAUUGGUACAUACACUUCUGGAACGCCCUAAAUUUGAGCCGCUAUCCCAGAUAUAUGUCCUGUUUUCGCUCUUUUGAAUUGAUCAGUCUCAUUUCAUUUCUAGAAAAGUGCAAUGAGAGUGAAGUUAAAUAUUUUUACGUAGGUUUUGAAAACGUUUAAAAGAAAUUAAAUUUUCCAUUUUUUCCUAAAACUUUAAAUCUAUUGACUGAUGUUGUAAAAAUUUCCUCUAUAUUUAAAAAUUAUUUUGAAUAUGUUGAAGGUUUGGCAUCAUAGAUUUGGAUGCAGAUUUUCAAUUUUGCUUUUUUAAAUAGGGAGUGGUAAAACUAUGUAUCUUCGGAAAUCGGUAGUAUUGAACGCGUAACUGGUAAGAAAUAAACAACAUAGUCCAGCCGUAUUGGCUAAGUAUUUUUUGUUGCUUCGUGUGCGGGCCAGAUCCGUUCUAUCCGGCCAUUAUGCAGUCAUUUGUGUCCGUUGAAAUUACACUAUGACCAAAGGUUUUUUGGGUAUAAAAUUCUGUUGAAAAUAUCGAUAGAAAUGACGUCAUAAUGACCCCGAUUGUUACAUUGUGCCUCUUAUUAUUAAAUAAACGUUUGCCUAGCUGUUGUAAAUAAACUAGUUCCUAGUUUUUCAUAUUGAGUUUUGAACCUCCAGCCCAGUAACCAAUUCUAUUAUCGGAAACUGUCCCACUCAGAAAAGUAGUUGCCCACCCCCUGCACUAUGGGAAACUGCUGGCAAAAUGUUCGAAUUAAAUUAUAGAAAUAGUAUGCUUUCAAUUUUCAAAGCGAAGUUUUUAAAAUUUCAUAAAGAUGCGUUUUUUAGUUCCACAAAAAUCUCUUUUGUCAUUCAAGUUUUUCUCGAAUUCACUUUGUUUAUUUGCCUCCUUCCAUGCUUAAAUCAGUCGGUUUUUAUUUGUUUAAUUAAAAUUCAAUAUAACCAGAAAUUAUAACAUUUGUAUUGCUAUAUGCGGACUGUUGUAGCAAAAUAUUUGGAUAUUUAAUGAUUUCCUAAUGUAUAUGCUAUCUUGUUAGGCGGCUAAAAUUUUCCUUCAGAAUUGAGUCAUGCGUAGGGCUGUGGUCGCACCCAAACGCAGAGUCAUUCAAAACAAAAAACUAGACUCCCAUUGACAAAAAUUUUUACUCUUAAUCGAUUCUCAGCUUCAGUUUCUAUACGGGCAACGUUUUGCUAACACUGGUUGUGUUGUAUAUAUCCUCGUAAAUCUUCGGUGUAUAUAACGUAAAUAUACGUCGUUCCAAUCAUGCGCUCUCUUUUUGUUUGAAAUUUUCUCCUCGCAUAUCACCAUAACAACUAGAAAUUCCAUUCCUCAUAGAAUUCAAAGUUUCAAAUUUUGGGGUUGAAAAUAUGACUCCAUAUCUGACUUCAAUUUCAAUUAAAACUUGCUCAAAUCCGACUCGAGAUUUCGACACCACAGCCCUGACCAUGUGCCGAAAGCGUAAAAUUGUUUGGUUUCUCAAAAGAUUCUGUAAAUGAGAAAGUUGGAAAUUAUUGAGCAAAAAUUUUCUUCAUGUGUGCCAUCUUGUGUCCACAUGAAUACAUAUUUAUUUUAUCUGGAACCGUUUUUAAAAUACAAAGUAUCUUCGUCUGAUUACAUCUGUACUUUGUGCGUUUAUAUAGUCUAGGUUUUUUAAUAUGUUUCACCUAUUUUCAUGUGUUUCUUGCUGCGUUAUAGGAAAACUAUAUUCCUCUGUGAUGUACCUUGCUCAAGUUGUUGGGAACAAAGUUUUUAGUGGCUUUCUUUUUAUUCUGUUUGUAUAUAGAGUUACUGCUAUUCUUCUUAUCAUUGCUAAUUAUUAUUGAAUUUAUAUGCGGGAAUUUUUGUUUGUGUAUUCUAUUUUUCAGUUCAUAUCACAGCUGGACCUAUUUUCCAGCAAUACGUCUAGAUGGACUGAAAUUUUUAUGCAUUCGGCUCUAUGGUUGGAUAGUUAUGAUGUUAUAAUGGUUUACCAGACUAGUUUACUGUUUUAAUAGAGAUAUUCAUGUUUUUACUUAUAAAAUUCCCCAAGGAUUUGAUGAAAAAUGCCCCAUUUUUCCCAUUUGUUAGCUUAUUAGGGUCCAUGGUCGAAUUUCAAAACAAAUGAAGCAGUUACUGAUGAUUAUCCCUUCACGAAGUAUGUAUAAUAAAAGAAAAACAUGCCUAAAUUGUCAUUGAAAGCAAUAUUAUUGUUGCGCAAUACCAACUAAUUAUUGCGUAAUUGCGUUGUAUUUUGUUUAAUUACGUUUAAUUAAUAAAUGAACAAUGGAA